GACGAGUGAAUCUUGUGACUGUUGUUAAAGCAGCGGGUUCGCCGACCGAAAGAUUCAGGCAAUUUUUUUUUUCUCUGUUCGACCUUCGAGAUUGGGCUUAUUUGAACGAUCGAUGGCUGAAAAGAAACUGACGAAACGUGAGCAAAAAGCUCUUGCAUUCAAGAAGAAGAAUAAAAAGAAAGAUCAACAAGAGAUCACCGAAGAACAAGCAUUUCCUACGAAUGACGUGACAGAGGAUGUUCCCAAAGUAGAAGAAGCACCCAAAUCAGUCACCGGCAAGCGAAAAGCUGAAUCGGAAGAACAGGCGGAUGGUACCAUUGAAGCUCCCAGAAAGAAAAAGAACCGAAGACCCAAAAAGAAGAAACCGGAAGAUGGGGAAUCUCACAACCGAUUCAUCAUCUUUGUUGGCAAUUUGGGAUACGACACGACCAAAGAAGAGCUUACCGAGCACUUUCAACAAGUCGGAGGCAUCAAGUCAGUGCGUCUGUUAUCAGACAAAGUCACCAAGAAACCCAAAGGCUUUGCCUUUGUUGAAUUUGAAACAGCUAGACACUUGACGAAAGCCUUGGCGUUCCAUCAUACGUACUUUAAGAAGCGUCAAAUCAAUGUGGAACUUACCGCUGGAGGAGGUGGCAACAAGAGCGACGCUAGACGAGAAAAGUUGAAACUUAAAAAUGAAAAAUUGCAGCAAGAACGACAAGAAAAUUCAUGAGAAGAUCGUCAACGGAGAAUCUACUUCUUCCUAUCAGCAAUCCACUGAAGCAUAACCUCGCAUUGUAUUCUAUAUCACUGUAAAUUGUUAUUUUUUUCUUCUAUACAUCACACCAAUAGAUCAACGGCAUCCUUUUGUACUCUUUUUACUGUUAUCGCAAGCGUAUUUUUUCUGAGCGACCAUCGUUACAAAGGGCAUCGAUG